AAAGUUAUGAAUAAUUUUAAUGACUUAUGGUCUAUAGAUAUAAAUCAUAUUUCUUUAAAAAGUCAAAUACGUUUUUCAUAAAUUAUGGCCAAACACAUGAAACUUCACCCAAAUCUUGAUAAAAAAUAAUUUGUCAAAAAUAUUUGAAAAUCUAUGUCCAAAUGUUAACUUAAUCUCACAAAUAAAUUUUGUGAAUAAUGUGUCUUAUUUCAAUAUGUGUAAGAUAUAGAGACUAUUUUCGAUAGUUUGUUAUUCAAGAAAAUAAAAUGUUCUAGUAUAUUCAUACUAUGCUAUUAAUGAAUUUUAGCUAAAGUUUGACUUAACCCUGAAUUUGGGAAUGAUUUUUGAAUUAAGAAGAUGUGAAAGGUAACGUAAAUGAGUCAUAUGAAAAAUAGAAAUGAAAGAGUUUCAAAAAAUACAAAAACACAUUACAAUUUAUUUUUUAAAGAAAAAAAAAAAAACAUUUGUUGGAAGUGAUGACGUGUCCUUAUAGCUGCCUCGCCCACAUCACAUAGUUAACAUUUCCAGUUUGACUUUAGUCGGAUAACAUUAAAACACUCCUCUUUUAGCAUUAUCCUUUCCUUAUCAUCUCAAAAGAUCCAUUGUCGCCGGCGUACGGUGGCACAAAUGGAAACAACUCUCCUUUCCACCAUUAACUACUAUCUAGUCAAUCAUCCAACCAUCACCCAUUUCCAAUGGAACCAAAACUCCACAUUUGGUUCAUCACCUCUUUUCCUCACUCUCACUGUCCUCGCUUACCUCACUCUCACUUUCACUUUCCAUCACUUCCCUCUCCUCCCUACACUCUCCCCCACCUCCCUCCGCUUCAUCUCCGCCGUCCACAACCUCUUCCUCUUCCUCCUCUCCUUGAUCAUGGCCGUUGGUUGCUCACUCUCCGCCCUCCACCAAAUGCCAAAAAAUGAUUUCACUUGGAUCGUUUGCUUUCCAGUCGAUCAAACUCCUCAACAUGGACCCGUAUUUUUCUGGGCUUACGUAUUCUAUUUCUCCAAGAUUCUUGAAUUUCUAGACACCCUUUUGAUCAUUCUAAGUGGGUCUCGAUCUAGACGGCUGUCGUUCCUCCAUGUCUACCACCAUGCUGCGGUGGUCGUCAUGUGUUAUAUAUGGCUGUCCGACUCACAGACGCUGUUUCCGGUGGCGCUUGUUACCAAUGCUUCGGUUCAUGUACUAAUGUACGCUUAUUACUUUCUGUGUACCUUGGGAUUUCGUCCAUGGUGGAAGAGAUUGGUCACUAACUGUCAGAUUGUCCAGUUCGUUUUCAGUUUCUUGAUUUCGGGUUUGAUGUUGUAUUAUCACUUUGCCGGGUCGGGUUGCUCCGGGAUCAAAGGAUGGUGCUUCAAUGCUGUUUUCAAUGCUUCUCUUUUGGCACUCUUCAUUGAUUUUCAUUCCAAGAACUAUGCAAAGAAGAGGAAAGAUGUUAACAAGAAUAAGCUGUCAUGAUUAACAUUGCAGUUCCGUGUGUACUAUCUUCCCUCUAUGCGUGGUGUCCGGAGAAGAAAAUUAUUUUGAUUUUGGUCCAUGAUUCAGUGGCGUGAGAAGUUUACUGAAUCAGCUAAAUCAAUAUAUACAUGGCUUCAGAUUAAAGAGUUAAGAUAGCUCUUUACCAAAAGUUUCUCUAUUCCCUGAACUCGAAUCAAGAUUGAAGGAUCACAAAAUAGUUUGCACUUUUAGUUACUCUAAGCUAAUUACUCAUUUUAGAGUAGCUGAAUUUGUUUGUUACUACAUAUUUUGUUGAAUGAAUGAAAAUUGAGUGGGCAAAA